UUUCAAUGCAUUAAUUUCUUAUUUCUUCAAGCGAAAUUGCGGCAUUUGGGACGAGAUGAGAGAGAUUCAAUCGCUGCCAUUUUAUCCAGAAAAAACUACGGCUUGAUGUGGUUUAUGGGCUGGUGGUCGCGCCAUGAUAACCGACUAUUUGAUGUCUGAAAUUGAAGCUCGUCAUGUCGGCAACAUUUGCUUUCAAAAACACGGCGCCACUUCGCACACAUCCCUUGAACAAUGAAUUUAUUGAGAGAGCAAUUCGGCAGUGUGCCAAGCGAUAGAAAACUGUAGAUUUUGACAGCCAACAGUGAAAUUCUGACAUUUUUCGUGGUUUUCGCAAUUGCUACUGUGAUCGUUUGUGCUUUGGGAUUGACAACGGUACAAACAGAGAAUAAAUCAAUCUGCAUUACACUAAUUAUUUUCGGCUCCAUUAUCUUUUUGGUAGCGCUUAUGGGCUGUUGUGGCGCUUUGGCUGAGAGCUUAUGUUGCUUAUGGACCUAUGCAAUAUUUCUCGUACUGCUCAUCGUCGCCGAUUUGGUUUUAUUGAUUGGUUUUAUGAAAGAUAUCGAUUAUGAAAAACAAGCGAAAAUCGAUAUGGAUACAGCAUGGCAGGAAUAUCUUCAUUCUAAUUUUCGUACGAUGAAUAAUUAUCAAAAUGCGCUACAUUGUUGUGGCAGAUACGGUCCGUCAGAUUAUGAGGCCGCCGGUUUGAAAAUACCCAAUAGCUGUUAUAAGAAACACAUUAUACCUGAAGAUCUAUAUGUGAAUGGUUGUUUGGCAGCGCUGAAAAAGGCAUAUAAUGAAACGCAAUCACGUUUGUUUACCUUCGAAUGGGUUACAUUUGCGGUUGAGGUAAUUGCUUUGGUAUGCGCUAUCACUUUGGCUAUAACAUUCCAAUAUGAGAGUUCUCGAUAUGGUUCAGAAGUCAGUAAUUUUUAAUCUAUAAAUUUAUUCACAUCACAAAGCUUUGUUUAUAAAAAUUAAAAG